CUUUUGACCACUACCAGUCAGUCCACCUUCACGUGACCAUGCAGUGAAAGCGUAGAGCAUGCCCAGCUCACCGCAGCACGAUGCCACAUUGGCACUGAGCUCACGAUGGAGCUGCAUCGGGCCCUGGCCUGCGGGGAUGCGCGAGGAGAGUUUUGGUCCCGAUCCACGAUUCCUCGAGGAAGUUGGAGGAGCAUAUACGGUGGAUCCGCCUGGUGUGAAGCAGGUACAUGCGAUCACCGAGGCUAGCGAGAAUGCAACGGCUGCUCGACACUCGAUCAGCAUCUCAUACCCCCGCGACGCAAUCGACUGGACCGGGGCUCACGAUACGGCUGGAUGGGCCGCCCUUCAAUGGCAAGGCCUGGCGUGGACGAAGCUCGACAUCCGGCAUAGAGAUAGCAAGAGGCCCCUUGUGCUCAGUGUUGACGUUCGAGGCGCCAUACAGUUCGCCAUCGUGGCUCACGAUGAGGCUUUCACACCCGCUCACUUCAAGUGGCACCUCGCCGACUACUACUCGUACGAUGGCGACCACCUUCCUCACCUGAUUGCGUUGGAUGAGCAGCCCGGCGACUACUGGUUCAUUGUUCGCCCGCUGUACGAGGUGCGCGUCUUCGGGGGAUUCCCACCCGACACCACUCCCACCGUCGACCUCGACGUACGCCUCGCCCUCAUCGAGUCCAGCGGUCGUCAUCACUUGCCGACGGUCAUCACGCAAGGUCACCUCUGCAUUGCCCCAGACGUCGUUGAAGGGCGUCUUGCCAGCCCGUACUUCAGCGUCGCCCUCCGCAACGACGACACCGGCGAGACAUGGCGCAUCAUCGACAUCCACGAGACGUACGAGCAGGAGCCAGUCUUCGCAAGGCUGUCCCUUCUCCGACCACCGGACCAGCCAUCUCGAGCAGCGGCGGCUCUCGUUCAUCCUCUGCAGACAACCAAGGUCGGAUUUCAGGCUGAAGCGGGCAGAGCUCUGACGGCGCUCGUGUCGUCAGGAGAGAUCGCUGUCAAGCUGGUGCUCCUGAUCGCAGACCAGUCGGGUCAGGAGCAUGUCCUGACCUUUACGCUCUCCCUUGGCUGCGUGCGCGAGCCUCCCUCGCUCGACGAACACUUCUCGUACAGGUACACGUACUUGAGCAAAUCCGGUCUCGGUCCUCAUUACGCCAUCGUGGUCCCUCCAAGACAAUUGAGACAAGAGGGAGCUUCCAACGAGCAGCACCAGCAACCGGUCAUCGUCGCCCUCCAUGGUGCAGGGGUGGAGACUGACUCACCCUUCUGGCGAACUUCUCUCCCUCGCCACUCCACAUGCUGGAUCGUCCUCCCUACCGGGCUCACCCCGUGGGGUCUCGACUGGCAGCAAGCCUCACGAACAAUGUGGCAGGAUCUCGUCUCUGACCUCCGAUUCCAGCAGGCCCUUCUUCCCUCCGCCGUCGCCACAACUACACCCCCUCCGGUCGUGCUGCUCGGUCACUCCAACGGCGGCCAAGGAGCAUGGCACGGUCUCGUCCACGGCGGAGAGCAGGUCAUUGCAGGCAUAGUAUGCGCGGGCUACAUCAAGAUGGAGGACUACGUCGCGCCCGUCUGGCGAGCAGAGCGUCACACAAUCGACCCAGUAUUGCGCGGCAUCCUUGAGUCGGCGCGGACCGUAUUCGCAAAUGACGUGCACCUGUCUAAUCUCGUUGCGGCGAAAGGGCCUGUGCCCCUAACGAUCAAGUACGGCAGUGAAGACGACAAUGUUCCGCCUUGGCAUUCGCGGGAGAUGGGAGCGCUUUUGCGGACCUGGGCGAGCCGGGCCGGGCUGGGCAAGGAAAGCUGGCCGAAGGUGAUCGAGGUGAAGGGGAGGGGACAUUGGUGGGAUGAGAUGCUCAGGGAGGAGGAUGUGCAGAGGGCUGUUGAUGAAGCGUGCGAGCAUAAGAAGGUCAGGCUUCCAAAGCGCUUCACGGUCACUUGCGUCAUUCCGUCUACGACUAGGGCGAGAAAUGGCUGGCGCAUCGUGCAGACAGAGGUCCCGGGACGAAUCGCGAGGCUUGAGGUCGAGUAUCGCAAUGCAGCCGCAGCUGAGGGCUCAUGCUGUACUGUGGUAGCCGCCAGCAACGUAAGGCAGAUCGGGGUCGCUGCAACCACAGGUCUCUCGGUCAACGUUGGCUCCUCGACCCUUCAGCUGGCAGCCGGCCGCCAGCAUCGCCUCGUCAAGGUACCUCGCACUUCUUCAACCGAGUGGCAGCUUCUUGACGGCACCUUUCCACCACCACGUCUGCUUUGCCCCGUCACUCUCCUCCUCGACACGCCAUCGCGCUUCCUCCUGAUCCAACCUACCAGUGUUCACGCCUUAGACAGCCGCAAGGCAGCCUACGCCUCCAUCUCGGCCAGGUGGGCGCACGACUUGCUCGCGUACACGACCAUUCCAGCUCACACUAUCCAGGAUCGCGAAAUCUCUUCUAUGCCCUCAUCGUCGUCGCACGUCUACCUCGGCGGCCCAGAUGAGAAUCUCGCCCUCUCCACCGUGAACGGUGGCACAGGCAUCCCUUUUAUCACUCACCUCGGCUCUGGCCAGUUCAAGAUACGUGAUCGUCUGUUCGCCGAGCCUGGAAUCGGUCUACUUUACUCAAUUCCGCACCGUGGCCACCUUGAUGCUGAAGAAGGCGCGCAACAACGUAGCGUCGUGCUGAGUGGAACGGACGCUGAGGGGAUCGAGCGUGCUGCUCGCCUUUUGCCGGUGAGGACGGGUGUGCCCCUGCCCGAGUGGAUCGUCGUGGGGAGGGAUUGCGAUCGAUUUGGGAUGGGUGGAGUGCUGGCAGCUGGGUGGUAUGAUAAUCAGUGGGGCUGGUCAGAGGCGAUGUCGUAUAUAGGCGACUGAGUCGUACCCGGCGUCAGCACCUCGACGCCUUUGGGCCCUCUCGUCACCGCUUCUCCCACACUCGAUACCGAUCUGUGAUGCU